GGCCCACUUCCGAGCUGUGCAGGAACAGCUGUUCGGCAGGUGCUGAAUGAAAAUGAAUACAUUCAACUUUGAAAUCAAAUUAAAACGCGAAAACAAAGUCUAUUAUGAAAAUGACAUGCUGCUGGGCUGCGUGCAGUUCCAGUGCGGCGCCGAGACAAAACAUGAAGGAAUUAUUUUGUAUCUUGAGGGAGUCGUUAACUUGCAACUCAGUAGCAAGACCGUGGGCCUAUUCGAUGCCUUCUACAACUCGGUGAAGCCCAUAAACCUGCUGCAGAACAAUCUCGAGCUAUCAGCCCCCGGGAAGCUGAGCGCCGGUCGCUCCGAGUUCCAUUUCGAGUUGCCUCUGGUCUGCCGCAAGGAACCACGUAUUCUGUACGAGACAUAUCACGGAGUCUUCAUCAACGUCAAUUAUCAACUGCAGUGCACCGUCAAGCGAAAUUUUCUGGGCAAAUCCAUGACGAAGAUCCAACAGUUCUGUGUGCAAUACAAGCCAACGGGCCUGGGCGAAGAUUCCCUGCGGUCGGUGCCCUUUAGCCUGAGUCCCGACUCGCUGCAGAAGAAUGCCACGGCCAAGGAGCGUUUGUCCAUGCCUCGGUUUCUCAUCACGGGCCGCCUGGAUCGCAGUGAAUCGUGUGUAACGAUGCCCAUAACCGGCAGCAUUAUGGUGCAGCAUACGGAGGCGGCCAUCAAAUCGAUUGACAUGCAACUGGUGCGUGUGGAGACUUGUGGCUGUGACGAGGGUUACUCCAAAGAUGCCACCGAGAUCCAGACCAUACAAAUCGCUGAUGGCAACGUUCUGCCCAAGCUGGAGCUUCCCAUUUAUAUGGUACUUCCGCGACUGUUCACUUGCCCCACGCUACUCACAAAAAACUUUAAAAUUGAGUUUGAAUUGAAUCUGGUGGUUGUGUUUAAGGAGGAUUAUACAGUGAGUGAAAACUUUAAAAUAGUUUUCAAACGCUCUGCAGGCCCAUUGCCCAGCAAAAUGACUACCGCAGGACGUUAAGCGAAUGCCCUCAAUCGAAUAUGGCAGCUAUUUAUCUAUAUUUAAUGCAAAAACUUAGUUUAGUGGCAGCUUACAAUAAUCAAAAUAUAUUUACAACAAACUAUACACAUAUGUCAUAUGGAAUUUGAAUUGGCCGCCAAAGUCAUCAGCUGUUGUGCUCAUUGUGGGCUUGGCCAAUUUUUUGACUCGUGGCCGCAUUAUUUUCUCGAAGUUUUAUGUACCGUGAAGCGUUUGAUAAGUGUCGUAAAAUGAAAGUGUUUUAGCAAAUUGAUGCAGUGGAAAAACCGUGCGUGGCCUUGUGAAUUAUAGUUUCGGAGCGGUCAAACGGUUCAUUUGGUUGUGAAUACGCACGCUUCCAUGUGCGAUUGUAUAUUUGGUUGUUUUUGUUAUUUAAUGAGCCCGCAAAAAAGCCGAGUAAGCUGAGUAA